AUGAUUUAUCCCAUAUUUGCAAAUUAUAUUCCACAGUGGCGCUGUUCUGUCAAUCAGUCAUUUUCCAAUAAUUGUACCAUUUUUCUAUCAUGUAAAGAUAGCAUUCAAUUCAGUGAGAUAGCAUUUUUCUCAGCAGCUCUUGAAUAUGACUGGAUUUGUGGUGCAUCUGCAUACUGGGCAUCAUUAUUCAGCCAAAUACAGUUUCUUGGUGUUUUAUUGGGUACAAUAAUUACGGGAACUUUAUCGGAUAUUUUUGGACGACAUCCUUUAGCUUUAAUUUCACUCACUUGUGGUAUUAUCGUUUCCUUCUGCUCAGGAUUAGCACCAAGUUGGGAAAUUUUGUUGGUUUUAAGAUUUUUCGUUGGCCUUUCCAUUGGUGGUACAAUUGUGGUAGUAUGUACAUAUGUGAUGGAAAUGCUUUUACCCAAGCAACGUAUGGCGCUCAGAGCCUUUUUCAAUUGGGGUAUUGCACGACUGAUGAUGACAACUAUAUGUUACUUGUUACCGGAAUGGCGUCAAGCAUCGUUCGGAAAUGCUAUAGCUGCUUUACCGGCUCUUCUUAUUGUCUUUUUCAUUUUCCCGGAAAGUCCAACAUGGUUACAUAGCAAGAAUCGUAUAGAUGAAAUGCGUGAAAGUGAGAAAAAGAUUGCAUGUAUAGCUGGCAUACCAUAUGCUGAAGUGGAACAUAAAAGGGUAGAAAAAAAUAAACGUUUGAUUGAUGUCAUCCGAAAUCCAAACUAUGCUAAACGAUUGUUUAUCUUAUGGUUAAUUUGGUUCACGGCAUCAUUAUGUGGUUAUGCAAUUGAUUUAAAUUCAUCACGUAUAAGUGGUAAUCUAUUCCUCAAUCAAGCAUUAUUUUCCAUUCUUAUUGCUGCCUCUAAAAUAAUACUGGUAAUUUAUGAUACAGUAAAUAAAAAUUUCAAUCGACGUAAACUACAUCAAUAUGCCCAAUUAGCUGUUUGCAUAUGCUUCCUAACAUUAACUAUUCUUGUUUACCUUCAUUAUCAGGGCAUUGCUAUACUGGUAAUUAAUUUAAUUGGUACAGUAUUUAUCGAGUAUACCUGGGAUGCAUGUUACUUAUGUGCGGUUGAAUCGAUGCCAACAUCAAUGCGUGCCUCCUCUCUUGGUUCAUGCUCUUUCAUUGCUAGGAUUGGUGCUUUACUUUCACCAACAAUCUUUUUUUUGUCAAAUAUAUGGCCACCAUCAGCUUACCUCAUUGUUGUACUCGUUGGUGUAAUUAGCUUAAUUUCAUCUUGCUUAUUUCUGGUAGAAACAAAAAAUAUUCACCUUGACCGAGUGGAUGAGGAAAGUGUCAGUGUGCAGGAAGAGCAAAUACCAAUGGUAUCAAGGAGACAGUGA